CUUGCAACCUGUUAUAGUUGAGACAUUUGUUGAAGGAGGUGGAAGACGACGAUUAUGAUGAGGAACUCUGCCUCGCGACGCCCCCCUCCUCACCAGAAUCAGGCCAAGGUCACUCCAACUCCUCCUCAGGCAGCUGCGGCCUCUCCUCACCGCCGAGCGUCGUGCGAUGCACGUCAGUCGCGCGACUCAUCAGCGUCUCAGCCUCCACCAACACCAACAACAACAGGCAUCACUCGCGCACCCUCGACCACUCGCCCGACUCGCGGCGCAAGAUCCACAAAUGCCAGCACCCCGGCUGCAAAAAGGUCUACACCAAAAGUUCGCACCUCAAGGCUCAUCAGCGCACGCAUACGGGUGAGUUAUGGAGGUUUUCGAACUCAAUGAGACCAAAAUACAUAGAUUAGUCAUCGAAUAUGUAAGUAGAAAUCCAUCAUGAUCAAUAGCUAACUCGAACUUGGAUGGUUAUACUUAACUUUCCCCGGAAUCGAUUAGGUUUUUCAGGCAUAGAAUAAUUGAAAAUUGUUGUGAUGAAAUCAGUAAUGAUUGAAUCUUUCAUGAACUCAAUCAUUCAAACAUUGGAAUUUGAAUGGUAUUUUAAUCAGUGGAGCACAGUAAAUUAGUUCAACAAAAGCUACUUAUAUUGUCUACAAAAAGUCAAAUAAAUAAAACAUUUUCCAAAUUAUAAAAUAGUGGUAAAUUUUCUAUGCUUAGUCAAAGUUUGUGUAAUGUUAAAGUUCUAUUAAAGAAGAGUUUAAUUCAAAGAGUGGAAUUUUUCAGUUAAUUUUAGCGUUGUGAGCUUCUUACAUUGUGAAGGAAAAUUAUUUAAAAGUCUUGCUGGGUCCCCUGCCGAAAAGUCCUUAUAUUUAUCUAGCUCCAUACUUUCUCAAAUUCCUUGUCCAAAACUCCGUUCCAAUUCACUUUUUUUAAAAAUUCGACUGAGUCAUUGUCAAUAUUGUCAUAGUCAAUAAAUGUGACCGGUUCGGUCGACCAUGGUCGUAAACCGAAUAAAACUGUGUAGGAUUUGACAACAUAUAUUAUUUGUGUUUUUGUUCUACUACUUUUUUCUCAAAAAAUAAAUAACUUGGUUACAUCUCAUAGACAUUACAUCAUCAUGGUUGAACGAAGAUUGAUCGAUCACAACACAACCGAUUCAACACAAUAAAUAUUUCAUACUUUUCGUACAAAAAAUAGCUCUCCUAUUUUUAUCAGUCAACAAUACUGCAUCCUCCCCAACCGUGUUGACUGGAAUUUCACGAAUUAUUUCCGGUAUGAUUCGGAACUCGUGAGGCUCGGCUCGCGCGUCUCGACCAGACAGAGAGCGACGUAUUUAUUUUUGUGUAAAUCUGUGACAGAAAAACUGUUUCGCUCUCAUGCAUGUGUGAACAAUAAAAAUGAACAUUCCAAUUGACCACCACCGCAUUCAUCUGAAAUUGCUCGCUUUAGAGCCCUGUGGUUACACCAGAUGCUUAUCUCCAGUCGUUUCAAUUUACUUUUUAUUUUUGUUGCUGGAAAAAAUGAUGAACGUUGCCUUUUUGUUAGAGUGUAACGUGUGGAAUGAGCAUUUCGAAAAUGUUCUGUUCCACUAUCCACCCCUCUCAAUCAACCCUCACACUCUCUCUCUCAUCCGUAACUCAAAUACUCUCUCAAUUUCUCUCUCUUACAUACCCUCUUAAUUUAUCACUCUCUUCCCACAUCU